AUGGGGUUGUUUCGAUUGGCUGUCAAUCCUUUACUAAGUGGUGGUAAAAGAACUUCUAUCCCUAAGGCCAAGAAAGCGUUCAGACUAGCUAAAUCUGUAGGUAAUAGCAAAGAUGGAAAUUAUAACAACAAAAAAGGAACUAGAUUUACUAACUCAUAUGGUAAAGGUAAUAAAAAGGACGUAAGCUCUAACCAAUUUACUGAUCUUUAUAAUACUAGGCGGAAGAGCGAUAAGAAUCAUAAUAGUGUGCAACAACAGAUGUCCUUUAAAUAUGGUGAAUUUGGCGGGUUGAAAGAGAUCUUAGAUGAGGAUGCUGAGAGAGAUGCUUCAUUGAUCGAGAAGAUCACUGAAUUCGAGCACUUGAAGAUUUUGCCUGCUGUGAGGGCGGCAGCCAAAGAUAUCAUAGUCAAUGAAUCUUUGAUUAAGAGUAUGAAAAUGUCGGAGGAGAUUGAAUCGUUUAGAAAAAGCAUUAGACCAUCUCCCAUUCAGGUAUUGACAAUCAAGAAACUAUCUAAAGACUUGAUGGCGCCUAAGUUAAAAUUAAAUGCUAUUGCAGCUGAAACUGGAUCGGGGAAAACGAUGGCUUAUUUAAUACCGUUAAUGGAUUAUUUGAAACGACAAGAACUAGAAACCCCCGAUGUUUGGAACUCCAUCAAGGAUAAUGCCAUUAUUCGAUCUGUUAUAUUAGUCCCAACACACGAAUUAGUCCAUCAAGUAUAUAGCACGAUAAAGAAUACAGAGGAUUCUUUGAAUUUUCAUACGUAUAAAUGGGGUAGUGGAACAUCACACGAAGAAUUCAUAGAGAAAUUGAAAUCACGAAUUGACAUUCUAGUCACUACUCCGGCAAAACUUCUAUCUUUAUUCAAGAUACGUGUGAUUAGUAGACCAGAUAAAAUUUUAUCUCAAGUGAAAUUUGUUGUACUUGAUGAAGCAGACACUUUAUUAGAUAGGUCAUGGGUAGAAGAUACAUAUCAUACUAUUAAAAACAUGCCUAAUACCAAUCAUUUAAUUUUUUGUUCUGCUACUAUUCCCAAUGAAUUUAAUAAGACGCUAGAAAGAUUAUUUCCUACUGUGACAUCAAUUUCUACACCAAGACUACAUAAAUUACCUCAAUCAUUGAAUUUUAAGAUUAUUAAUGCUUCGUUAAAUCCGUUUAAAGGAUCCAAGAUGAAAGUUUUAGCCCAAAUAUUAUAUGCAAUAAUGCAUGAUGGAACUGAACCAGGACUAGAAAAAAGAUGUAUAGUCUUUGUUAAUGAAAAGAAGCACGUUCCUAAAGUGGUUGAAUUGUUGAAUAGUAAGUACGGUCACCAUUCAGUUGGGCUAACUGGUAGUGAUUCUGCUGAAGAGCGGCUCCAGAAGUUAAAGGUCUUUAUAAACUCUCCAAAGCAAUUAACUAACGAGAGUGCUCAACAAUCUGAUGUACAAAAUGAAAUGGUUGAUCAAGAAAAUCAUCCUUCCAUGGAAACUAACCAUACUAAUGAAGUUAAAAUUCCAAACUCAAAUAUUAUCCUCGAUACAUCUAUGGACAACGCCCAGGAGGAUCAUACAGUGACUUUAUCUGAUGCGUUGCCAAUAAGGGUACUAGUGACUACAGAUCUUAUGGCAAGAGGGUUGAACUUCCAAGGAAUAAAGAAUAUUAUAUUAUAUGAUGUUCCCAAAACGUCCAUCGAUUUAGUUCAUCGUGUAGGUAGAACAAGUAGAAUGAAACAACGUGGCAGGGUGUUUAUGAUUAUAGAUAAUAAAACUAGGUCAUGGGCAAAGGCUAUUCCAUCGAUUAUAAGGAAGAAUAAAUCAUUGACAUAA